CGGGCUGAGAGACUUCAAGUCCCAAGGGGGCACAGCGCGACCGCCUGGAGGGCGGGGGGUAUGAAAGAGGAACCCGGAGGGCGCAGGGGGUCACCGCGGUGCUGGAGGUAGCGCUGGGCCUCGUCCUCUGCGCCUCAGCCCGCGCCCCCGUAGCAGCCUUGUUCAGCCAUAAUCUGAAUGCAGAAGCUCCUAGAAGGAAAUAAAAUCUGAAUUUUACGGAAAGUUUCUUCUGGCACACGCGCACUCCACCCCGCCCCGGUGUGCGUCUCCCAAAGACAGAGCAAACGUGCCUUGGAGGGUGGUCACCCCAGGACCCUCCCUGCACCGCCCUGUUCUGCAAGGCCUCAGGCCGAGGGUCUACUGGGCGCCAGGAUCGUGGCACACCUGGUGCUCGGCAGCCCCCACCGACCGCUGAUCACAGGCGGCCGGGGCCUGGAUGUCUCCGGCCCGUGUGCAGGAGGGCCAGGUAAGGGUCCUCCAGCCCCGCCCCCACCCAGUGUCCCGGCCUGGAGGACAGCGCCUGGGCCAGCCAGCACCCCCUCUCUCGCAGACCCUGCGCCCUGGAACAUGGCGCUGCCGCGUGCCGUCCUCCUGGCAGGUCUCCUGGUGGAAGUGGCCAGCAAGGCCUCAGGAAGCGUGGUAAGCCCCGGUCCUGUGGCGGGCGGCCUGGGCUCUUUCCCUGGGGCGUCUCACCCUUCUGCUUCAGGUGCCACCCUUGCCCUGGCCCCAGCGGCACUGACUGUGCCCAUGUCUGGGUCAGAGCGCCCAUGCCUCUGGAGGCACCAGCUCUGUCCUGCUGCCAGAAGCUCUCUUCUCUCUUGGCCUAACUGGACGUCUUCUGGGAGCUGGCGCAGGGUCUCCACAGGGCUGCCCCCUGGCCAGGACCCGAGCUGGUGGGGUGGACGGAGGCGCUCAUCCCAGGCCAGCAGCAGCUUCGAGCAGGGGCCACUGCAGGCCUCCGGCAGCCAGGUCGUGGCUCUCUGCAGGAGCCCGGCCGUGUCUACACCCAAGCUGGAAUCAUCUGUAAAAUCAUCAGAGAAGCGUCCAGGGCUGUGGGAGCGCAGGGCAGACCCCUCACCAGGGAGGCCAAGGGUGCUUGGGUUUGUCUUCUGGUUUCACCACAGUCUGGAAACACGUGUGUUUCCUUUCUUAGCAGUUUAAUCUUUUAAUUUUCAAAGCCACCAGCUGCGAGUGGCGACUAAGGUAAACACUUUCACUGUUGAAAUGCCCGCCCUGAGCCCGCCCGUGGCCCAUGUGACUCAGGAGAGCCUCGUGAGAAAGGGCUACCACGAGGCCCCGAGGGAAGGGCAGGAAGGGUGGGCAGGCACCCGCAGACCCGGGGACUCAGGACCACCCCUGCCCACCAGGCUGCUCCCAGCCCAGAUGCCCGACAGAAUCUCUGGGCAGCCCCAAGUCACCCCCGAGGGCUUGUCCUCUCCCCGCCGCUGCGAGUCAGGGUGCCAGGGGUCAUGCCCUGGACAGUCCCAGCCUGAUGCUCCAGGUACAUAUUCAGUCAGCAAAGUGCUGUCCCGGGGAGCUUCCUUGCAUCGCAGCCAUGCGUCCUCAGCUCGCCCCAGGUCAGCAGGGUGCAGUCACCUGACACUGACCCGAAGAGGCCGGAGCCCUGGGCUUUGGGGUGAGCUUGCUCGGAGCCCCUCUGCGAACACUGUCCUGGGCCUGGUCCACAUGAGCCGCCCAGCCCCAGGGUCUGGAAACCCACCGCCAUCUCCCCUCUAGGACCAGCAGCCCGAGUGUUGUGUGGACGUGGUGGACACCAAUGCCACCUGCCCGGGCACAAGCCUGUGUGGCCCAGGUAAGCUCUGGCAUGAGCCGGCCUAGGUCUGCCUCGGGAAGGGGGCUGGAGGGCGGGCAGAGCAGCAGGGACAAUGGGGCCCGCCCGUUCUGAGGCCUCCUCCCUCCUUCUACUCGGUGGGGACAGCACCCCCUGCGGAGCUAGAUGGUGGCUCGGGGCUGUGGGAGGUGUGAGCAGGUGACAGAGCCUCUCCCCUGGAGGGAGUCUCAGAAAAGCACACAGACACACUUUUAUGUGACACAUAAACAAAGUUGCAAAUAAGUGGCCGAACCUCAGGGCUUAGUAUCAAGCUGAACGAGGAGAUGGCUGUGGGCAGGUGCCUGGGACAUGGGGGCCGCUGCAGGAGGGUGAGGGUGAUGGUGGCAAGGUCGUCUAACUCCCAUCUCCUCCCGGGUCAGGGAGGGCAGCUCCCGGCUGGGGUUGGUCACCUGCUUCUGGGAAGAAGGAGGGAGGCCAGGGCGCCCUCUGGCCCCGGCUGUUACCUGAGUUCUUCAACCCCAAUCAGUCCUCACGCCACAGUGGCCGUGGUCUGGUUCCCUUCAUCCCUCGCUUGAAACUACCUUCAGGAAGUUUCACGUGUUAAGAGCCAUGCUGGUAACCACGGAGCAAUGUGGGUUAGAAGUUGUGAGAUAAGAGGUCAGCAGAGGGGAGAAGAGACAGACGGACAAGCAGCAGGGAACAGGAUCAGCCCCGCCGUCUGCCUCGCUGACCUUCAGUCCUGCGACAGACUCACCUUGGGAGCAGGGUUGUGGGUGGGCUCCCUCUGCAGCGGGUCGGGUGGGGACAGUGGGGAACUCUGGACGCUGCCUGAGUCUCUUGGGAGCGUCCUGAGGGACCCACACGGCUGCAGGUCACUGUGCCCUGCCGAGGCACUGACCCGAAGUUCACAUCAAGUCGUCCGGCCUCCCUUUGCAGGGCUUUGGGGAAAGGGCACUACAGUUGUUGGUGACUCCAAGUCGCAGAGGUGGGAGGAACGUGGAGACAUUAAUUUGGCGAGUCAGGGUCAGACAGCAGGGGACGUGAAGAGCUCAGGAUCCCGUCCAGUGUACAGGUGCCUGGACCUCAAGGGCAGUCAGUGCUCAGGACUGAAAUCUGUGAACCAGACGGACCGUGGUCUCUAUCGAAACACGUCUCUCUACAGUCACCCCCCCACCUUUGUUUCUUUUUCUUUUUUUAACUUUUUGGCCAUGUCUAUGGCACGAGGACGUGCCCGGGCCAGGGAUCGAAGCUGCACCACUGCAGUGACCCAGGCUACUACAGGGACAAUGCUGGAGCCUUAAGCUGCUUUGCCGCAAGAGAACUUCUAGUCACCCCCUUCCUACCAAAGAAAACCACAGUGAGAUUAAUAGCUUUAAAUCAAGUCCAGCCUUGGCAGUUCCCACUUUAGCCCAGUGGGUUAAGAAUCUGACUGCAGUGGCUCAGGUCCCUGCAGAGGUGUGGGUUCAAUCCCCAGCCCAGUGCAGUGGGUUAAAGGACCUGGUGGUGUUGCAGCUACAGCCUAGGUCACAAUUGCAGCUUGGAUUCGGUCCCUGGCCCAGGAACUUCCAUAGGUUGCAGGCGUGACCAUAAAAAAAGUCUCACCUUGCUAAACUUGUCCUGAUUGUUUAAGUCAGUUUAGCAAGAACAGCGAUUGACCACAUGGGCUCGGUUUUGAGUCUGCAUUGCUGGCCUUUUCACAAGGACUCUCAGAUUGGACUUUAGAAGGCCUCUCAAGUCCAGGAAGCCAAGCCACCAGACUUGGCCUGAAGUACCUAUAGAUUUGGGUGACUUCCUCUCUUCUUGAGGUCUCCAUGCCCCACCAGAGGUGACCUUCCUUAUUUACUGGUGAGACUGGCAACCUGGUGAGCCAGGUACUGGCCAUUUUUCCAGGGACUUUUGGCUCUAUAAAGUCAGCCUUUGCCCCUUAACACUGCCUGGUUACUGGUUCUGGCCCCUGGCUGUGCUUUGUCCCUGUGCUCACAGCCCAGGAGUCUGCUCCAGGCCAGCAUCCCUGGCAUCUUUGCUAAGGAGUCAGUUUACCUUGGAGCUGGCAGAGGGUUCUUCUCGGCAGAACCGCUGCCUGGGUGCCAGGUCUGUGCCCAGGACCCCACGUGCUGGGCCUCCUUGAGCAGCCUCCCAGGGGUCGGCUCUUCCAAGGAACGAAGGAAGAGCGCCGGCUGCCUCAGAAGAACCCUGUUCUUACGAGAAACGAAGGCCUAUUUCUAAUACUUGUACAAUUCCACGUUGGGCCUGACACGACCUCCUGGCAUAGCGCUCAGCCUAUCCGGCCCCGCCACUCUUCAGGCCCUGCCACCUGCUUGGUGGCUGGAAGGACUUCCUCUGACGGUGACCCACUUGCAUGUAGCCUAAAUGCCUGUACUGGCCUUUAGCACCUAUGGCCGGUAACUUCUCCAGUGCAUGUCCUCCGCCUGGGCCGCCCGCUGAGGUGUUAAAAAAAAAAAAAAAAAAUACAGGUGCAAGACACGAUUUCCGUGCUGUAUGCCUGAAACUAAUACAGUGUCAGUCGACUAUUCUCCAGUAAAACUAAGUUUCUUAAAAAAAGACAGAACUUCUGCCCUGAAAGGGUGCCCUUGGCAAGACGGACUGGCCAUAAACCACUGACCAGCAAGAGUGGAGUGCUUCCAGCCCCAGGGCAGGCCCUGGGUGGCUGCAGCAUUGGUCUGGGCCCUCCCGGGAUGGCACAAUGGUACGGGGGCAGCAGAGGUGGCACACACAGCAGGGCUGGACCCUGUCCCUUGCGGCAGCCGAGUGAGGGUGCACUGCAGCCCUUGGUAGAGGUAGGAGGCAGGGGCUCACCUCUGGUCCCCUCCAGAACUGAGGCCACACACUCGGCACCUUUGACUUCAGGUUCCCAUCCUGGCUUCCGAAGUCGCCGAGACAUCCAGUGUGGGAACCCUGUGUGAGGGAGCGCCGGCUCGGGUUCCUCUCGAGCUUGUUCUUUUUCUAAAAUCCAUCCAAACUUCCAGAACAGGUGAACUAGCAUCUUGGGAUGAAUGUGGUUUUACACAGCUGACGAGGGCUGGCUUGGGCCUCCUGUCUCUCGCGCAGGCUGCUACGGGCGCUGGGAUGAGGACGGCACGGUCAGCUGCGUGCGGUGCAGGAAUGGGACCCACAGCAGCUCUGAGUGCAGGAGCCGUACGUCUUUGCCCCCCGUCCCUCCCGCUCCCUUCUCCCGACCCUGUUCCCUGCCCUUCCACCUGCCUGCUUCUCACCGAGGAUCCAUACCUCCAAGUUCUGGAGGAAAGGGUGGGAGCCGUGGUUUUUGUCCUCACACCUUGCCCAGGGCCACCGCCCCCAGUGGACACCCCCAGGAGCCCUCCCCAAGUCCUCUUGUCCCUUUGGACAGGUGUGGGGCAAGGGCUGCUCUGCCUCCGCGGCCCCUCCCUAUCUCAUUUACGGCCCAUAAUUGCCAUUUGGGCUGCACCCCUGGCUCUUUGGGGGUCCUCAGGGAGGUCCCGGUGCCGGGUCUGGGACCUUCCCGUGGGUCUGGCUGCCCUUGGAGCCAGCAGUGCUGAUGGCUCUGCUCCCCCACAGUCACUGGCCAGGGCACUCAGUUCCCUGGGAACAGGAGCACAGGGAGGCCUGGCCGGCCACACCUUGCUGAGUCUCCUGGCUCUAGGUCAGGCCCUGGGGCCCGCGGGCAGCAUCACCAUCUGUGCAGACACAACCAGUGAUGCUGGCCACAGCAGGGCCACGGUCACAGCCACGGUCAGACUACACUCCAGCCAAGAGCUGUGUACUAGGACCGAGCCCUGGUCAUGGCCAGGGCCCCAGACAGACCGAAAGCUCGGCCAGCUUUGAAGUCGGGGUCUGAGAUUGAUUCUCAAGGGUGGGUAAGGCUCAAGUCACUUGGUGUGGGCACCUUGUGCCUCUGAACGGCCUGGUUAGUGGAAGCACCUGGAGCUGCGUGUCUGAACCUUCUGCCUUCCUCAGCGCAUUGGCCCCUUGGUCCCUGGGAGCUCAGGAUGUGCGGUUCUCCAGGAUGGGGGUACACCCUGAGGUCCCCUUGCCCCCUUCCCUGGUGGCUCUUUUAGGACAUAGGUCUCAGAGAAGACUACAGACACCACACACUGGUCAGACAUGCCCGCCGCAUCACCUGUUCCUUAGAGGUGGACCCAGGACCCACCUCCAGGAUGCCCUGGUCCCCAGCCUGCUCCUGCUGCCAAGCACCUAACCUGGGGUGCUUCCCCAAGCCAUGGGGGGGCAAACUGUGCAGAGGCCUUGGCUGGGCCGCAGGGUAUGGUGCCCAGGCCACCAGUGGCCACUGUAGUCAGGGAGUGGGACCUGCCCCACGGUGUGGCCACCUCUUCUCUGGGUCGUGAUGGGAGUCAUGUCCCCCCCAAGACUCUUGUCCUUCAGCAGUGGGCGUGUGGGACCUGGCCAAGCGUCCACCUUCCCCAUGAGUCUCAGGACAGAAGCUGGUGGCCUUGUGCCAACAUGGGCCACUGAGGCCGUUGCACCGGCGGCAGCAAUGUUGUCAGACAGGCUCAGACGGCCCUGACUCCUUGUGACGUGGGGUUGGGCCUGUGGCAGAUGAGGGCACUGCGGUCCAGUGUUGAGCUCGUUUCCGUGGUGGCAAAUGUGGUCCCACUGUGGCCCUGGCGGCCUGGCAGCUGUACUCGGGUCAGAAGGGCACAGGUGUCUGAACAUGUCUUCCUAUCCUGACCCUGUGGGUGAAGGUGGGUGGGCGUCCCGGUGCCAGGAAGGCCCCUCCGGUGGCAGCCAGCAGCCUCCUGAGAGACGUGGCAGGGGGUCUUGGGAGCCCCUGCUCUGAGCUCUGGUCACGCUGGGGCGUGAGGGCCCCCGUGUCUGUGAGUGUUGAGGAUGGAGGUGGGCUUGGGCUGGCGGCACUGAGCCUCUUCACUGCUGCCUCCUCGGGGGACCCUGAGCCCUGGAGCCUUGGCGGAGAGCAUGGGGGCCCCGGGCCACUCCGCCUGCCCCUGGCAGCCCUCGCCUCGCUUGCAGGGGGCCCUCAGGUGGCAGCCUGCCUCUUCCUGGGGACACUUCUCAUCAGCGCGGGCCUCAUCCUCUCCGUGGCUGCGUUCUUCUACCUCAAGCGAGCCAGUAAACUGCCCGGGCUCUUCUACAGAAGGAGCAGAGCGCCUGCCCUGCAGCCUGGCGAAGCGGCCGCGAUGAUCCCCCCGCCGCAGUCCUCAGGUAUGUCGGCCCCUCUCAUCCUGCCCUGUGGGGGUGCCCGGGCUCUGGUGGGAAUUUCAAAACGCCAAGCCCAGGGCCACUGCUGGGCCACCAACCAAGCCCCACGGCCUUUUCCCUUUUAUCCUGAGCUGCUGAGUCUGUGGAGAGAAGCGGGUUCCCACUGCAACCAGGGGUCACCUCUGCCGCCCUCGGCCCUUCGCCAAGUCCCAGCUCUGCCCAAGUGGGAAGCAGAUCGGCUGGCACAGGGCCCUCCCGGGGCCCCUCCUGAGCAGCUAGCACUUUAGUUUUACUGCGUGAGCGGUGCUGCAGUUGAUGCUAUGAGCACAGAGCAGUCACACAGCCUCAGUCAGAGCGUCACUCAGAGCAGGCGUCACCGGCCUCCUCGCAGGCCACUGUCACCGCCGUGCGGAGGUGUGGAGUGGGGACGGGUGAGGACAGAGAAGUGGCUUGAUCAAGGCUAGAUCCGCCCUGUCCAGUGAAACGCUCGCCUGAUUUCUCUAAAGCAAUGCUGUGUCCAGGGGUGGGCGCCUGCAUUCUUCCCCUGGGGCGGCUGUGACGGGGGCUUGAGAUGGCAGAAGUGUGUUCCCUCAGAGUCCCCGGCCAGGAGCCAGGCGUCAGGGCCGCGCUCCCACCCCAGGCUCCAGGGAGGGUCCUGUCCGCCUCUUCUGAAGCCAGGGCUCAGGGCCUCCUGGGUGUGGCCGCCUCCCUCCAGCCUACCCCGCUGCCCUCGUCUUCGGUCAGCCUGUCCCCUCUCUGUCUGCCUCCCUCUCGUGAGGACACUGGUCGCUGGAUGGAGGGCGCAUCAGCUAAAGCCCAUCGGCAAGGCCCGUCCUCCCAGUGAGGCUGCGGCCGCAGGUUCCGGGCUCAGGACAAGGACACACAUGGGGACCCCGUCCACCCUCUGAUUGCGGAAGCCACGCUACGUCAGGCGUGAGCGGCGCCCCCACAGGGAUGUGGGCCCCUCUGCCGUCUCCUCGGUGGAGGCCAGGGUCAGCAAUGUCUGACCCUGAGGCCCCCCCACAACGCCGCCUGCGCCAAGGAGGGGCGCAGUGCACCAAGGCCAGGCGCUACCCAGCGAGGCCUCAGGACACAGCCCUGGCUCGGUCCUUCCAUCUGCAGCCACGGCCACUGUGGGGGAGCCACCUGCUGCAGGCGCUUCUCUGCAAACAGCUGCUCAGCGUGGCUGAGCCAGAGGAUCACUCGAGUCUCUGUCCCGAAAUGGGCUUGGGAGCCAGGCGAUGUGGGGUCCAGGCCCCUUGAGAGAGAGACAGCAAGUUCCCAGGGCCAGCACCCCACGCCUGCACCCUGGGGCCGGCAGUGGGCAGACUCCUGCCGCAGGCUGCCUGGCCUCUGCAGCCCCUCUUGCGCAGUGAGGCCGAGGCCUUUGAGUCUCCAGCCGCGUCCAGACAGAGGUGGAACAGGGCCUUGGAACUGCCCCCUCAACUGCAGGCUCAGACGCCUGCAGGGCUGUCCUCCGUGGCUACGGCUGCCCAUUUUCAGGAGCUGCAGAAGGGAGUUAUCUGGGUUCCUGCUGAGUCUUGUCUGUUUUUAAGCAGAAAUGCAUUUUGUACAAAAGUCCAAGAGGUGUGCUGUCCUCACAUGCUCCCUUGCCUGGGCCCCAGGUACUGCCCAUCCUUGUCCACCCAGGGCCACGUUUGCCUGUAAUUGCCACCUGGACCUGCCAGGGGCCCUGCUGGCUGGCCAGCAGUCCUGUUCCGCCGUCCCCACCUCGAGGCAUCGCCCUGUGUGUUCCCAGCCUCGGCUGGUGCCGAUGGCCGCGGUUCCUGCAGAGGGCAGAGCAUCCAGGCCACUCUGCUGCGCACUGGGUGGCGGCCCGUCCCGCCCAGGCCCUCUCCUGGGACCGGCGUUUUCUCCCUCAGCGUCCGAUUUGUGUCCCAGGGGCCCGAGGCGGGGCCCGCGUGGCCGGCCUCCCUCCCUUUCUGCGCUGCCAUUUGCGUCUAAAUCGUUCACAGUUUAUAGACAGGAGCUUGUUGGUCAGGAUGUGAGUGGACCACUGGCCGGCAGCUGAGAGGGAUGGGCCACCUUAAAUCGGUGUCAAUGAACCACUCGGGGCUUCCUUUUGCCACCCCAGGGUUCACCUGUUCCUAAGCUCGGGUGAAGCCUCACUGCCAGAACUGCUUCCCUGUGCUGGGGUGAGGCUGGCCGGGUGGAGAGCCCUUAGCAAGGACUGGGACCCCGCCCCCUGCCAUUGCUCCUCCUGGAGUCCGGGGCCCAAGGAGCUGCUGGGCAGGGUCCCCACCCUAGUACGUUAUCCUUGGGAGGAUGCAGAUGGCACACCCCAGGGGCCCAGAUGUCAGGACAGGUGGGAAGAGGGUGGCUGCCCCUUAGGGAGGCUUUUCUGUAAAGCAUCCAGACCUCGUGGGGGCUACGGAGGUCACAGUGACCACAGGCCCCAGGCCCCACGCCCCACGGCGCCCGGCUCCCAGCUCCCAGAGGAAGUCAUACGUGGGUACAGAGUGCAGGCUGGAGUCACCCUGAGGAGGUGGGGUCCUGAGAGUUGAUGGCCCUGAGAGAGGCUGGCGAGCCAGGGGACAUUUACCAAUUGGUGGUGGGCUUCAUUCUGGCAUUUCAGCCAGAGCUGGCCGGGGCAGCAACCAUCAGGGCAGGGCAGAGAGCCUGUCCCUGCCCCAGAUCUGCUACCAGCCGUGGGCGCCUGUCCUUAGACACCUGCUGCAUCUGGCCUAAGGUUUGCAGUCAUGGGGGCCCCCUGGGGGCAUCUGUGUGGCCCUGGGCCUUGGUGCUGAAGGAGCCACCUUAGCAUAGCCAGGGCCUCUGGGAGGCUCCUUGAGGUUUUGUCCUUUAUUCUGGGAACACCUGCCUCCAUGGCCAAAAGUCUCGAGGGGCUGUGGGGUUCCCACGGGGUUCCUGUGGGCCUAAGAUGACCUUUGGUCUUCCCGGGGUCCCCCAGAACCACCUCUUCUCUAAUGUUUGCCCCUACGCACAGCCCCCGGCCUCAGCUCUGCCCCACCCCCAGCAGCAAAACUCAGCUCUGAAUUUGACCCUGCAGCCCUCUGGCUCCCACUCGACGUGCUUCCCAUGACCGUCCAGCAGUGUGGCCCGGCCCGUGGGCCUCAGUCGCCCCAGUCUCCCCUCUGCCGCAGGACACCCCUGGGCCUGGGUGCACCUGUCUCAGGCCCCCAAAUAGUGGGGGGUGGAAUCUGAUGGACAUCUGGGCCAAAAAGUCGGGGGGGGGUGCACCUGAGGUGGGGGUGGGGCCGCUGGCAGUGGCAGGGCGUCUGUGCUGGGACCCGGCACAAGCCCCUCCCUAGUUUUUCUCCAUCCUGAGCCUGUUACCUGGACCUCCGUAAGCCAAGAUGGAGCUCCUGCUGUGGCGCAGUGGGAUCGGCAGUGUCUUGGGAGCUCUGGGAUGCAGGUUCAAUCCCUGGCCCAGCAUAGCGGGUUAAGGAUCACAGCUGCGGCAUGAGUCACAACUGCAGCUUGGAUUUGAUCCCUGGCCCCGGAACUCCCUAUGCUGCGGGGUGGCCAAAAAAAAAAGGAAAGCCAAGAUAAGGCCAGUUUGUGGGCUUUAGGCCAGAGCAGGUUGGGGGGUGGAACUGGUCCCCACCCAGCCCUCUGCCAUGUCGGCCACUGUAGGGACCCAGACGUCCCACAAGGUGAGCCUGGUGGGGGGCGGGGGUGGGCAGCGGGCACAGCUGCAGCUCGUUUGUCCACUCAUCCGCUCACUCGGUGCUGGAGAAGCCCUACAAGCCAGCAGGGGUGAGGGGUCAGCGAGGGGAGCGCCCGCCGUGGUGCCGGGCGGGGGCGCCUGGCUCUCACUGCUGGGUGUGGGAUAGGACUAGAAGUGUCGCUUUGUGGCCAGAGGGCAACCCAGAGCUGUCAGGAGCCCAGAGUGCAAGGGUGGGCGGAAGCUGGCCCCAAGGGCAACCCCCACCCAGAAUGCUUCAGCCCCACCCAUGCCCCCAGGCACUGGCCUUGGGGGACAUCUGACUUCACGCCCAUGUGGUGCCCUCUCCCCAAACGCCUUUCCACACGUCUCCUGCAGGGCUCUGGGAUUCAAAGCCGGUUCAGUCCCCAGUCCUGGGGGUGGGGGGACCAUGGCCAGGGUGGGCCUUGAGGCUGUGGUCCUCUCCUCUGCUUGUCCGGCCAAGGACAACUUCUGUGUCCGGUGCAGGACUCCCGGGUGUCCUCAGAGUGCGGGCCCCCACAUCCAAGAGCCAUGACAGGAUGGGGUGGUUGCCGAGGGCCUUGUUCUCUGCCAAGUCCAGUGAGUCUCAGUUCUGGGGUCACGCGCCAGCAGCCAUGCUCCCCUCACGGGCACACUCCUGCCCGCGCGGACACGUGCUCACACCUGAGGUAAGCUGGUGAACACGCUUACCCACUCACGGAGCCCACGUGGUACAUGGCACAGCUGCUCCUUCCCUUGUCAAGAGACUGAGCGGGUGUGUGCCUGGCGACCAGGUGUGCCAGCCGGAUGCUGUGCACUGAGACUGGCCACCACCCCAGAUGGCACAUCCCUCAGGUAUUCGUGUCCUUUUGCCUCUGGGCACUGACUGUCCACUGAGGAGCUCAGAAUGACCUCAGAGCUCGGAUAUUCCCAGAAACCCUUGGGAAGUUGUCCUCAGAGGACCGAGGACACUUCCUGGAGGCAGCAUGUGACCCCGAGUCACCGUGCCCAUGGGAACCAGAACCCCAUCAUGCAUGGCCCUGCCCAGCCCUCACAGUGGCUCCAUGCUCUGCGCCCCCACCCUUCCCGUCUCUGUCCCGCCUCUGAGCCCCACCCCCGAGCCCUCAGCUCUCAUUCCCUUGUCAAGCUUGUCACUGAAGCGCCUCCCUGCCCGGGGAGCGCCUGGGAGCCCUGGCCCCUGCCUGAGCACAGGUGCCCCUCUGCCUCCUUUUGAGCGUAGGCCCGGCUGCCUCUCCCAUCUCGCUGUGGCCACUCUUCCUGGAGUCCGGUGGCCAGGCAGUCUGCUCUGGGCAGCCACCGCCUAACACGGCAGUAGGGUCUUCCGCUUGCUGGCCUCUGACUUCUGUUGGCCCUCAGUGCUCCUAGUGAUGUUAGGGCCGAGGACAACCUGCUGAGGUGGUCAGUGGGCACCUACCAAGUGGGCGGGAUGAGGUGGGCCAACCCCCACCAGGGUGGCCUCCUGCUCCAAGCCUCACCAAGCCCAAUGUCCCCGCCCCCCAGCUCAUGACUGAGGUCCCAUCUCAGGUCCUGGGCCCCUGCCCAGGAGUCGGGGGGCCACCAGCCCAAGUCUGGCUCAGGUGUGCAUGGAGGCGCUGUGCACAGCCAGGAGGCAGGGAAGCCACAGUGUGUGGGGGAGCCUGUUGUAACUGUGGGGGCUUGGAGUGUCAGGUGUCAGAUGGGGAGUGGCUGGGACUUCUCAGGAGCAGUGAGGCUAUGGGCAGUCACAGUCUGUGCCAUUGGCUAGAACCCAGACCCCUCCAGCACAGCCCCCUCGUGCUCCAUCCUUGUCCCCAGCCUCAGCCCUCAGGCUCUCGCCAGCCCCCAGCCAGACCUCUGCACGGGCUAGUCCUGUGGUCUGCCAGAGACCCCAGGAAGAGUUCCGGAUCCCCUGGCUGGGUGGGCACAUCCUUGGAGCCCCUGCCCUACUUGUGUAAGGACGUUCUUAUGGCCAGUCUGGUCCCUGACUUGUCCUCAGCCCUCAGGGGCGAUCCCAGCCCUGACCUUUCACUCCCACCCUGGAGCCAGAUCAGGGAACUCCCUCCUGGCCCCCAAGGGCUGCAGGUGGGGAGGGGUGGGCAGGGCAACAGCAGCCCAGUUUGGGGGGGCCGUGCUUGUGAGUGGCUGGCCACGUGGCUGAGGUUGGGGUUCCUCUGGGGGAGGGCAUCAGUGAGGCCAUAGGUGGACGGGGGUGACAAGCUGAGCUGAGCUUGUGAAGGGGGCUCCCUGCAGGCACCCUCUGGGAGGACCACCCAGGAGCUCACGUACCACCAAUGUGAACAGGGCUGGGGAGCAAAUCUGUCUUUGGAGGGGCGGCUCCAGUGUUGCAGGGGCCACAGAAGAGGGAGGGGCAGGGGUCCAGUCCCCGCCUCAAACCUGCCCAGAGUGACCCCAAUGCCACCCCAUACUCUGACCUCUCACUUCUGACUGCCCGCCCUCGGCUGCUCAGCCUGCCAGGGAGAGGACAGGCGGCCAGCCAAUCCCAGACGCCCCGGGCCGCACCCCUGGCCAGCGAGAUCCAGGCGAGCGUAUAAAUACACCUGCCAGGAGCCCACACCCAGAGAAUCCAGCUGCCCUGGACAGCGCUCGACACCCAGAGGAGCUCACACAUCCCCCUGUGCCCCACCUGCCUGGCACAGCUGCUGGUGGCUGGCCCUGGAGAGGAACACCUGCCAGGUAGAGCAUAGGCCGGCCUGCCCCGGGGGAGAAGGAGCCAGCACCGCUGGGACGAGAGAGCACGCAGCUCCAGCCUGGCUGUGCCGGCCGAGAGGUCAUGCCCAGGUCCCACUGACCUCAGCUACCAGGUAAGCCCAGCUCAGCUGGCCCUCACCUCUCACCUGCAUAGCUCAGGGUGGGGCAAGUCCUUGGGCGGGUGGGGCCUAGUGCCAAGGAACCGGUUACACGGGGUGCGCUGGCUGGGGGACGACAGCCUUCAGUCCCCCGGAUACUGCUGAGGCUGCUGCCUAGCCUGCGGCGACUGCUGUCACCAAAACCUAGCGCUAUCUCAUGCCCAGAUGCCAGAGGCCCCCGUGACAUCACACAGUGUUGUCACCGUCAGGAGACACCUGAGCCUUCGUGGCAUGUCACUGCGAAGUCAUUGCACCAGCCCACCUGGACGGACCAAGUCAGGCUCAGCCCAGAACAUGUCAGGCCCACGGGUGUGGCACCCGGUCAUGCCGCCUUCCAGCAGGAGCAGCCCCACAGCCACAGUGCCCAGGUCCCCCAGCUCAGCGAGCAGCCCCAGGUCCCCGGGCACCCCUGGCUCAGAGAAGGUGGCCUCCCCUCUGGAGUGCUCCAUCUGCUUCUCGGGCUACGACAACACCUUCAAGACACCCAAGGAGCUCUCCUGUACUCACGUCUUCUGCCUGGAGUGCCUGGCACGACUGGCGGCUGCCCAGCCCUCAGGCCGGCCGGGUGGCGAGGCGAUGCCCUGCCCUUUCUGCCGGCAGCCCACGGCUGUGCCUGCUGCUGGGGCCCCUGCUCUGCGCACCAGCCGCCAGCUGCAGGCCAGGAUGCCGGCGCACCUGCGGCGGGAGGAGCCUGUGUGGCUGGAGGGCACCAAGCUAUGCUGCCGCCCGCAGCCCUCUGCACCCGGCCUGGCAGCGCCUGGCUUCAUCAGCGUAGAUGUGGGCCUGAGCAAGCCCUCUGAGCCCCCUGUGCCUAUACCUACCCUGGGCGCUGCCCGCCGCAGCGGCCGCCUGGCGCGCUGCUGGGCACGCUGCGGGGACUGGAGACGGGUGGCACUCAUUACAGCCUUGCUGCUUGUGCUCUUCUGCGUGGUGCUGUGGCCCGUGCAGUGUGCUCUCAAGACGGGGAGCCUGCGCUGCCUGUCCCGGCCCCCUGCCACCACCACUGCUGCCACGACCUACUCAUUUGGGUCCCUGGCUGACAACUAGGGUCACCAGCUCCACGUGUGGAUGCCCAGCCCACCGCUGGGGUCACAGGUGUAGCAGGUAUCUGGGGUCCUGCCCGGGAUUCUGGAGGAGCCCCAGCAUCUCCCUACCCCACGGGGCUCACUUGCCUCCCUCUCUGGGGCUGGGUCCUAUGGGGUGGACAAAAAGGUCCCCUGAGCUCCCGAGAAUCACAGGUUCCUAUGGGCCCUAAGACCCAUCCCCACCUCCCAUCAUGGAGAUGGGGAAACGGAGGCCCAGGAGAGACGGCUUGGUGAGGCCCCUCCUUGUACACACUGUGAACGGCCGGCAGGACCAGCCCCUUGCUGAAAACGGAGGAGGCUCUCCAUCUCCAUUUUUUCUUCACAUUUCACCACAGCUCCUUCCCUUGCUCAGGUGGGGCUGGCCCCUUCCCUUGGGUGAUCAGGGAACAGAGGGCAGGGGUAGGGUGCCCAGGCCCCCGGUGCGCAUCCCACCCUCCUGAAUUGUACAGUGUUAAAUAAAUUAUUUUGUACCCACUUUA